AUUUGAACGGACACGGGCUGUAAAUUUUGCAAAUACCGCACCCAGCAUGCGCGAUGAUGGUCAAAUCCUAAGCCAAUAUUCAUUGAGGCAAUAAGCGCGAUUCUCAGUGGCUCACUGGCUUCAACGGCCAGUCUUAGGUUUCAUCAAACUGCUGCCCAGUGCAAAAGCCGGACUUUGGAUGAUAUCAGGAUCGAUAAUGAGACCACCGAGUGCGAGAAUCUCUUUAAUUCCGUUUACCGAUUGACUACAAACGGACAUAUCCACAAGCUUUGCAUUUUGACCACCGGCCAACGUUUUUUCAACCCCCGUGGUCCACUCUUUGUACAACGACACACGGAUGCCCAGACGACAUAUAUAACCUCGCCUCGCCUAGGUCGAGCCUUCCCAUAUAUUGGUUCUAUCUCCAUCCUGCCCUCGUACUUCAUUUCCCCAUCAUACUAGUAUAAACUUCGAGAGGAAUAAUUUCGAUUCUGGAUUCAAGAAAAUCCCACGACACCGCUCUCUCUCUUGUACCUCAUCAUGACCGAAGUUAUUCCAGGACCACCGGGUCUUCCCUUUAUAGGGAACAUCAAUGACAUUGACCUAACAAAUGCCUCCGCUGAUCUCAGGCGUCUAGCUGACACAUAUGGUAGGCUUGAAAAGCAUGAAGCACAUACACCGUCCCAAGCUCACCAUCUCUAGGCGAAAUAUUUACUCUCAAUCUCGCCGGAGACCAAAAGAUCUACGUCUCAACGGUGGACCUCAUGACCGAAAUCUGCAAUGAGAAGGUCUUCGAAAAAAUAAUCAAGGGUGGCUUAUUACAAGUUAGAAACGGCGUUGACGAUGGCCUUUUUACAGCCCACACUGGCGAGCAUAACUGGGAAGUUGCUCACCGAGUAUUGAUGCCGGCUUUCGGACCACUUUCAAUUCAUUCCAUGUAAGUGGAUAACGGAAGUUUUGACAAAAACCGAAACCAAAUUCUGAUGAAGAACCUAAGGUUCGAUGAAAUGUACGAUUUAGCUUCACAGAUGGUGAUGAAGUGGGCUCGAUUUGGCGGUGAUCAGAAAAUCCAUGUCGUGGAUGACUUCACAAGACUCACUCUAGAUUCGAUCGCUCUGUAAGUGUUGUCAAGCACCUGUAUAGGUAUUUGCUUAUCAGCAAUAGGUGCGCCAUGGGAAAUCGAUUCAACAGCUUCUAUCAGUAAGUUUCAUUUGCGUCUAGCUUUCUCCAACCACUUCACCCUCCUUUUUCCACGAUGCAUUGUUCCUCUUACAUCCCAUUUGAAUUUUCUCCUGCUACAUAGGAACUUGUGUCCUCUAUUCAGUCAAAGUAAGACUGACUUUAUGUAGCGACGAGAUGCACCCAUUUGUAGAUGCCAUGGUAGACUUUCUAGCAGAAUCAGGGGCAAGAUCUGGACGUCCAGCGAUUGCAAGCUACUUUCUACGUUCAGCGGAGGCUAAAUACAACGCCGAUAUUAAGGUUCUCCAAGACACCGCAACGAACCUCAUAGCUGCUAGACGGCAGCACCCUAAUGACAAGAAAGAUUUGCUGAAUGCCAUGCUUAACGGUCGGGAUCCCAAGACUGGAGAGGGACUAACCGAUGCAAGCAUCUGUAAUAACAUGAUAACUUUCUUGAUCGCAGGUAAGUGGCUAAGACUAUUUAAUAUUCCAUUUGAGUAUCGUUACUGGAACAAUGUUGACAAAUGCAGGUCACGAGACAACCUCCGGACUUUUGUCAUUUCUCUUCUACAAUUUCUUAAAAAAUCCGGCAGUCUAUCACAAAGCACAAAAGGAGGUUGAUGAUGUUGUUGGGACCAAUCCCAUCACAGUUGACCACAUCUCGAAACUCACUUUCAUUGAUGCGUGUUUGAAGGAAACUUUGAGAACUACUCCAACGGCGCCUGCUUUCUCAGUGGCUCCCCGUGCGGAUGGGCCAGAUACAGUGUUCAUUGGAGGUGGCAAAUAUGCAGUGAAGAAAGGGCAAUCUGUUUUGGCCCUCCUGUCAUCUAUUCAGACUGACCCAAAAUACUAUGGCGAGGAUUCCAGGGAGUUCAAACCGGAGAGAAUGAUGCCGGAACCAUUUAGCAAGCUUCCACCCGCUGCCUUCAAGGCUUUCGGAAACGGUGCUCGUGGCUGUAUUGGAAGACCGUUUGCUUGGCAAGAGGCAAUAUUGGCUGUAGCCAUGCUUCUACAAAGCUUCGAUUUCCGUAUGGACGACCCAAGCUAUCAGCUUCAAGUCAAGGUGGGUCUUUUUGCUUAUCCGUCCGUAUAUAUGCUAAUCUCAUUAGUACACUUUGACCAUCAAACCCAAGGAUUUCUUUAUGCACGCCACACUUCGAAAACAUAUCGAUCCAGUUCAACUGGAGAAAAUGUUAUACUCGGGAGCUGCAAGUAAGCAACCAGCUGAAAAGACGACAAAGGUUGCUGCAGGUUCUUCCGAGAAGGCCAAAAAGCCUAUGACUAUACUUUAUGGUUCAAAUGCUGGAACAUGCGAAGCUCUUGCACAAAACCUUGCUCGUGUCGCGUCUGGGCGGGGUUAUGAUGCUCAAGUCAACCCAUUAGAUUCCGCUGUGUAUAAAAUUCCUAAGGAGCAACCUGUGGUCAUGAUCUCAGCAAGUUACGAAGGCGAGCCACCUGACAAUGCUACUCACUUCGUUGAAUGGCUCCAGGAAAUGGAGGGUAACCAACUUGAUGGCGUCAAGUUCGCAGUCUUUGGGUGCGGAAACCACGAUUGGGUUUCUACCUUCCACAAAAUACCGAAAGUUCUCUUUGCAGGCUUUGAAUCUCACGGAGCGACCAAAAUUGCUGACAUUGGUUUGGGCGAUGUGGCUGAGGGCGACAUCUUUGGAGCUUUCGACCAAUGGCAAGAUGAUCACUUCUGGCCCGGUCUUGGAGUUGAUGGAGAUGCUGAGGACGAUGUGGGGAUCGAUGUUGAAAUUGAUAAAGAUGCUCGACCCGCCACCCUCCGCCAAGAUGUCAGAGAAGCAGUGGUGUUAGACAUCAGAUCGUUGACUCCAAAUAGCGAGACCGAGAAGAAACAUAUUGUCUUGAAACUGCCUUUCGGUUCCGAGUACAACGUUGGGGAUUAUUUGAAUGUUUUACCACUUAACAAUGACAAGAUAGUUCGGGUAUGUUAUACAAACCCCCUCCCCCCUUUCUUCUCUUUCUCUCAGCUAACAAAUCUCCCAGCGUGUUCUCAACUGGUCGAAUCUGCCAUUUGAUACUAUGCUCACUAUUAAAGCUGGUUCCAACACCACUAUGCCCACCGGUCGCCCAAUCUCUGCCUUUGAUCUUCUAGCUGCCUAUGUUGAGCUCAGUCAGCCAGCCACCCGCAAGGCAAGUUCAUACACCCUAUAUCAGAAAACUCAACUAACUCAAAACAGAACGUUGCCAAGAUUGCAGCCAGCUGUAUUGACGAGUCGGAGAAGGCAGAACUACUGAAGCUUUCGGAUGAAGAAUACGAGACAGAGGUUCUUGAUAAACGUCGCUCACCUCUGGAUUUGUUGGAAGAAUACCCUUCUGCCAAGCUACCACUUGGCGAGUUCCUGGGAUUACUUCCCCCAUUGAGAAUUCGACAAUAUUCGAUUUCUUCUUCGCCAUUACUUGAUCCCACCCAAGCCUCCAUUACAUUCUCUGUGCUUGACAAGCCCUCAAAGUCAGCCAACAACAAACGUGAGAAUCACUCCUCCAUAUCUCCGAAAUUCAUACUAACUCCAGGUUCCAGGCUUCCUAGGCGUAGCAUCCAACUACCUCUCCCAACUUGAAAAAGGCGACCGCAUCCAUGUAGCCAUCAAACCCUCCCACGGCUUCCACCCCCCAACCGACAUCGAAAAAACACCUCUAAUCAUGUUCUGCGCCGGCACAGGCCUCGCUCCCUUCCGAGGCUUCGUCCAAGAACGCGCCCUCCAAAUCAAAGCCGGUCGUAAACUCGCCCCCGCAUACCUCUUCAUUGGCUGCCAACAUCCUGAGCAAGACCAGCUCUUCAAAGAAGAGUUCGCGCAGUGGGAGAAGGAGGGUGUAGUGACGUGUUUCUACGCUCACAGUCAGGCGAAAGAGCAGAGUCGCGGCUGUGGGUAUGUCCAGGAACGAAUCUGGGAGGAGAGAGAAGAUAUGAAGAAGGUCUUUGAGAGUGGUGCGAAGUUGUAUGUUUGUGGAAGUGCGGGUGUCGGGACGGGGGUUGAGGAGGUGUUGAAGAGGAUUUAUAAGGAGGCUGCGUUGGCGAAGGGGAAGGACAAGACGGAGGAGGAGAUUGAGGAGUGGUGGGUAGGAGUUAGGAGUGAUAGGUAUGCUAGUGAUGUGUUUGCUUGAUGAGUUAGCUGUGGUAAGAGUGGUGAAGUAGAGUGGUUGCGUAGAACUUUUACCACAAGUUUAGCACAUGAC